GCCCCCAAUCAAAAACCAUCGUCAUAAAAAGCCCCUUUAACCCGAAGACGGCCUCCUCCGUCGAAGUCAGCCAUGGCGCCGCCGCAGCACGACCCCCGCCGCCCCUACAAGCGCCCCGCCAUCUCCGACCAGCAGCGCCGCCGCGACUCCGCCCUCCAGACCCAGUCCGCCCGCCGCGCCGACGCCCAAGCGCGCGCGCGCAGCCUCGCCAACUCCCUCCUGUCUCCCCAACCCUCCUCCCCCGCCGCCGCCGACCAACCCCCGCCCUCCCCCGACGCCCGCGGCGAACGCGGCCAUGAUCCCACCGUCGCCGACGUCGCCUCGGCCGCAGCCAAGCUCCGCGGCCCCGACCAGCGCCGCUGGUUCGCCCGCCAGAUCAUGCUCCCCGAGUGGAUGGUCGACGCCCCUCCCCACCUCGCCCGCGACUGGCAUGUUUCUGCCAGACCUGCUGGCAAACGAUGCAUGGUCGUGUCGUCGAACGGCAUCACGAUUAGCAGGCUCCGUAACGGAACCAUUCUUCACCGCUUCCCCUCCGCCUUGCCCAACGGGUCCAAGAAAGGACUCUCUGGCCCUGCAAGCUCCUACUCUAUCCUCGACUGCAUAUUCCAUGAGCCUGAUGAGACCUACUACAUCGUUGAUAUGAUUUGUUGGCGAGGCUAUUCGCUGUAUGAUUGCACUGCCGAGUUCAGGUUUUUUUGGGUGAACUCCAAGCUUACAGAGACUUCUGCUGGUGAUCCUCCAUCGACAUACCAUCGUUAUAGAUUCAGUGUUGUCCCUAUGUAUGAAUCCACGCUUGAAGGCCUUCAAGCAGCAUAUUCGGGAAGCACACCUUAUGUCAAAGAUGGCUUGCUGUUCUAUAACAAGCAUGCACAUUUUCAAGCUGGAAUCACACCCCUUACAUUAGUAUGGAAAGACAAUACCUGCAGCCAAUACCUUAUUGAUACGGAUAGCGAGGGACAAGUUCCAACUGAGCAACAUGUUGUGUUGGAGCUGCAAGAGGAUGGAAAGCUAGUUACUUCUGAUGAUCCUCCAAUUGCAUUUGGUAGCUUGGACAACGAAUUUAUCCAGAAGUCAAACCUGCGGCCAGGGAACCUUCUCCGCUUCAGUGUAAGAGAUGAAAGUGUGAAACUUGUGGAUGGGAAGAUGGAGAUUGGUCAGCUGCAACUUGCGGGAAAGCUGAACCGUUCUCGUACUUUUGCUGACAGCCACUCCAAAGUUUUGUUCCAGUAUGCUGCCAGGCAUGCUCCUCUGAGAAUUGAGGAUCUGGUAGCCGCUGUUCAAUCAAACAGUAUGGAGAUUGAAUCCACAGAUGUCGAAAUGCAAGGUUGAGUCAUUCACGGCUGAGGGAAUACAUGUGCCACUUUUGGCGUUUGACUGGAUACCAUGUUAGGUUGAAGUAGAUGCAGAACGAGACCAAGGGGUAAGCUCGCCGUGGCAUUCAGAUGGAGAUCUGAGCAAACGACGUGAUGGUCUGAAAGCCGUGAUCCUCAGGGAGCGGCGCAUUUCCAGGCCUGAUCGAUAUCAGCACCUCGAGGCCUGCAAAACCAGUGGAUGAAUCAAGCCACCUCUUAGCUGUGAGUAUGCGAAAGACAAGCACUACGGAUCUACGACGCAGCUUAUUUUAUGAAGCGCUGCUUGUUUAUCCUUAGUCUGAAACAUAUAUUACUGGCUACUUUUGAGACUGGGUGUGGAAGUUAUUUGAACAAAAUGCUGUGUUCUGUCAGUUAUAUAAAAGAGUGAAAUUAAACAA